AUGUCGGCUGGUUUAAUUUUUUUCGGGAUCAUAUUCGGUGCCAAUCUGCCGAUAAGCGAUUCUUCCAAACUUGGUGAACUAUUUAAAGAUAAAGGAUGUCGACUUACGGGUGUUUCUUGUGGAGAUAAAAUGGUGUUUCGUUCUAUUAAUCGAUACAGCAAACCGGGAUAUAAAUUAGAAUGCACUCAACGUUGUUCAUGUGCAAAUCUUAAUCAUUUAGAAAAAAAUGGGAAAUGCAUCAAUAAAGUGGAUGUAAUCGAAGGUGGAAAACUUAGUGCAAAAUUUGGACGUAAUACAAGCGAUGAAAUUUUCGCUACUGUUCGGUGGAAUGAUCGAAUACUUAUAUUGGAGUUAGGCCGUAGUAAUCCACAUCUUAUUCAUAUACAUAUAUGGAUAUAUUCAUAUCCAUGUCUUUUCCACUUUCUAUUUCUGGAUCUUCAACAAUAA